AUGUUGUUCAAGAUUAUUAGGAACAUGAGAUAUGUUGCGAGGAGGAUCGAGAUCAACGAGAAGGCGUUUAACCCCAACCUUCAUAAUCCCGACGAUGGUGCCGCUGUAGCCGGGGAAAUUCCGCACGGCCGUGACGACAUUCGCGGUGUUGAAGAACGUCUGCGCGUGGGCCGCGAGGAACAUGAACAGGCACGUGGCCGCCACGUGCGGUCGCGGUACGGCGCCGGUGACGGCGAGCCACAGGAAGGAGUAUCCGGCGAGGCACUGGGCGGCGCCGGCGGCGAGGACGAUCCACGGGCGGCGUGGGGCGGCGGAGUAGAGGAGGCCGGAUAG